GUCGACCACAUUCGAGAAAUAGCCUGGAACGGGAAGGCAUUCGACCAGCUCAUCGCAGAGCCGGAAACCAAAGAUCUCAUCAUGAACGUCCUUGGAAGCCAGCUCUCAUUACAGACACAGUCUGGUGUGAGAGACAGCAAGUACAAUGGCUUCACCAUGCUUAUGCGCGGAGCUUCCGGAACGGGGAAGACAUUCACAGCUGAGAGUGUUGCCGAGUUUUUUGAGAAACCCCUCUGCACUGUGAGAUGCAGUGACGUUGGCACCACGCCCGAAGACGUGCAGAAGCAUUUGGAGGAUAUAUUCCACCUCGCCAAAACCUGGGGCUGCAUAGUUCUGUUGGUCGGGGCAGAAGUGUUUCUCGAGCGGCGCAAUGUCAACGACGUGGCCCAAAAUGCGCGCGUCUCGGCCUUUUUACGCGCUCUCGACGAUUAUAAGGGGAUUCUUAUCCUCGAGUCAAAUCGCCUCGAUCGUCUUGACGAAGCCUUCAACUCAUGCAUUCAGCUUCCCUUACACUAUGAACCUCUAACGGAACCAAACCGGACUUAUGUCUGGCAUAACUUGCUUGACAAUAUUCAGUCAUUGGAUAAGCAGGCGAUGGACAUUCGUGAUGCUUAUGGCUAUACUGAUGAGCUGGCAAGACUCGAGUUGAAUGGUCACCAGAUGCAUCAAGUCGUUACUACGGCGAGGCAGUUGGCUGGGCUCCGACUCGAGAAGAUGACCUCUCGUCAUCUGUCCUUGGUUGCCAAGUCAUUUCAACCUUUCUAG